AUGCCUGUGAGCUUCACCGUUAAAAAUGACAUUUGUACGUUACAACUUGCAUUCUAUGAUGGUGUAUUUGAUGUGAGAAUAAAAUUGUUGUUAAGAAAAUGGAGACAUGAUUCGGAUUUGCUUGUAUUUGCUAAAUAUUUUGAAGAAUAUUUAGGUGAAUGGGUGAAUGCAUUGACAUUUUGGUAUGAAGGCGCAGCAACAGUGAGUGAUUAG